AUGGCGGCGAGCUUGUGGCGGGCGGUGAUGGGCACCGGCGCGGCGUCCACGGACGCCACCGACUCCGCGGGCGUCGGCGUCGAGUUCUGGCGCGCCCCGGAGCGCGUGGGUUGGCUGACCAAGCAGGGCGAGUACAUCAAGACGUGGCGGCGGCGGUGGUUCGUGCUCAAGCAGGGGCGGCUCUUCUGGUUCAAGGAGUCGACCGUCACGCGCGCCUCCGUGCCCCGCGGUGUCAUCCCUGUCGCCUCCUGCCUCACCGUCAAGGGCGCCGAGGACGUGCUCAACCGACCCUACGCCUUCGAGCUCUCCACCCCGCGCGAGACCAUGUACUUCAUUGCUGACACCGAGAAGGAGAAGGAGGAGUGGAUCAACUCCAUCGGGCGCUCCAUCGUCCAGCACUCCCGCUCCGUCACCGACGCCGAGGUCGUCGACUACGACAGCCGCCCUGGCGACAAAUGA